AUGCAACCAUACUCAAGAUCCGGCGGUACCAGAAAGUGCUUUUACGAAUUCCAAACUUUAGUGGCAUGCUACACUUCUGCUGACACGGAAACCAAGAAAGCAUGCACACCUCAAUUUGAAGAUUAUUCCGAAUGCUUACAUGGAUUCAAAGAAAGAGAAAGAACAAGACUUAUGUUACAACAAUUGAAGGAUAACGAAAAAACUAAGAGUGGUGUCACUGCAUCAGAUUUAUAUAAGCAAUCGGGAUCUGUGUACGAAAACUUGGACUUAGUUUCCAAAUAA